UAGCACUAACCCAAAUUUUUCGGUGCGAUUUGAGGUUAUGUAGUUUUUGCUUGGUUAAUAGAAUUUACGGAAAUGAUUUUGGGGUUCAUCCUAUUCAUUCGGUUUUACAUAGACCUUCUGAUCGAUAAGAUUUUCGCUGUCUACUGGCGUCCGAAACAAAUUGUCUCCAAACCGAAAAACCCAAUCGUCAUGGAAAGCGCCACUUCGCUGGCUAAAAAAAUUCGAACGAGAAAAUUAACGUCCGAACAAGUAGUACAAGCGUUCAUCGAUCGAAUAAAAGAAGUGAAUCCCAUAAUAAACUCGGUGGUCGAUCACAGGUUCGAGGCCGCGUUGAAAGAAGCACGACAAAUCGACGAAGAUAUCGCUUGCGGAUCCAUUUUGGAUGUCGACUUCCGAGACAAACCCUUUUUAGGUGUUCCAUUUACGACGAAAGAGUCGACCGCGUGCGCGGGCUUGUCUUUCACGUUCGGCUUGAAGAAGCGAGUGGGAAAAAAAGCCACGUUCGAUGCGGACUGCGUGAGUUCGUUGAAAGAGGCCGGCGCUAUCUGCCUGGGGGUCACCAACGUGCCUCAAUUGAAUUUGUGGCAAGAAACGAGCAACCCUGUGUACGGGAUAACCCGUAAUCCCUACGACACGACGAGAAAUGUCGGGGGCUCGUCGGGCGGGGAAUCUAGUAUACUGGCUGCUUGCGGAUCACCAAUUGGGAUUGGUACCGACAUAGGAGGUUCCGUGAGGAUUCCCGCAUUUAUGUGCGGUGUUUUCGGCCACAAACCUACGUCCCACUUGAUCUCAACCAGAGGGCUGACGUUUAGGACAGGAGACGAGGAACAAACUAUAGUCGUUGUGGGAUGCAUGACGAAAUUCGCGGAGGAUUUGAUACCUUUCUUGAAGGUAUUGGUCGGAAAAAACGUAGACAAGUUGAAAUUAGAUCGUCCGGUGUUUGUAAAUAAAUUAAAAGUUUACUACGUGACCGAUCCCCGCGAUCCUCUCGUCAGUCCGUUUAGAGACGAAAUGAAGAACGUCUUGAGUAGCGCCGUAGAGUACUUUUCGGAAAUAUCUGGCGAGAAACCCCAGCCUUUGUCGCCGGAGGGGCUCAAGCACACCGGCAAACUGUGGCGUUAUUGGAUGUCUCGAGAGUCGAACGUCAAUUUUAAACGGGACAUCAACAACCGGGAGGGAGAGGUCAGUGCAUGGGGGGAAAUAAUGAAAUACUUCGCUCGGAGCGGCGACUUUACUUUGCCCGUGAUUCUGAACCUAAUUACGGGGAUGUUUAAAAAAGUCGACGACGAAUGGGCGCGGACUGAAACCAAGAAACUCAAGGAACAACUGUUGUCUAAGCUCGACGACAACGCGGUGCUUCUCUAUCCGUCUGCUCCCUUCCCCGCCGGUUAUCAUCAUACGCCCAUCUUGCGGCCGUACAAUUUUAAUCUCUUAGCGAUUUGGAACGUGUUAAAAUUUCCGGCGACGCAGGUGCCGAUGGGUCUCGGCAGAGAAGGGCUGCCGUUGGGUUUGCAAGUUGUGGCGGCCCCCUACCAGGAUAGGUUAUGUAUCGCUGUCGCGAAGGAAUUAGAACGCAAGUUUGGAGGUUAUGUACCUCCGUUCCGUGACAGUAUGUGAUUAGAUUUGUAUUUGGGAGCGGGAUCAACAUUACACGAUUUUAUGUU